AUGGUGCAGACGUCGCGGAGUUUGCUUCUGAUCACGGCAUCACAGACUUUGCUUUGGCUUGUGAAAUGUACAACGAUCCUGGCCCUGAUUGGGACGAAAUGUACAACGAUCCCGGCCCCGAUGGGGACGAAGGAUGCCAUCGUGAAGGUUCUAGAGGUGAGAGGCCGCGCAGUCAAGCUCGUCCUCGGAGUCGCAGUAGAACUAGUUCGAAGCCUUGCAGGUUUUGGUUGCGUGGCAGGUGCAGGUAUGGCGCGGCUUGUCGUUUUCUCCAUGCCGCCAACCGCAGCCAGCCUACUUCAGCCGGUAGUAGCUCCUUGCCAACAGUAUCCAUUCGCGAGGACCCUGUCAUUACCCGCAGAUGCGAAAAGGUUUUUGCACUCCGGACAAAAUGCAGUAUGGAGGGUAAUUAAAACAUUGCUGGACUUUCAUGCAGCUUGUGAGAUAGUUGGCAUCUCCGAUCCCACGGCUCUUGUUGAUGCUGCUGAAACUGGUGAAGAAGUCUUUCAGACAGUGUUUGGUCGCUUGAGUGCAGAGGCUACAAGGCAGAAUACGUCAAGUGAUGACCUGAUUCAGCGAAAGAAAACGAACUGUGCAAUUCAAUAG